AUGAGGGAGGCCAGCAUCCUCCUCCUCCGUGCCUGCCUGGCACUGUUGGCCAUGCCCAUCUACCUGCUGUCCUUCCUGGGCAUAUGGCAGCCUUUCUGUAAGAAGGUAUUUUUUCCUUACUUCUUAGAGAAGUUUUCUGCUGUUCAUGAAAGGAAAACAAAGAAGCACAAGCAGGAGCUAUUUUGUAAUCUAUCUGACUUCAAGAGCCCCUCGGGAGAGCUGAAGCUGCUGGAGAUCGGGACCGGCUGCGGAGCUAACUUCCAGUUCUACCCACCGGGCUGCAAAGUGACGUGCAGUGACAUAAACCCCAACUUCCAGCAAGCCCUUUCGAGAAGCAUGAACAAGAACCAGCACAUCCACUACGAGCGUUUCAUAGUAGCUGCAGGAGAAGACCUGAACCAGGUGCCCAGCGGUUCUGUGGAUGCCGUCAUCUGCACCUUGGUCCUCUGCUCUGCGCACAACGUGAACGGCAUCCUGAAGGAAGCACUGCGAGUGCUCAGACCAGGAGGAGCCUUCUAUUUCCUAGAGCAUGUGGCCGCCGACCACUCCAGCUGGCAGUACUUUUGGCAGCAGGUCUUAUACCCGACUUGGAAACUCGUCUUUGACGGAUGCUGCCUAACGAGAGAGACAUGGAAAAAUCUCGAAGCGGCCAACUUCUCGGAGCUGAACCUGAAGCAUUUCCGCGUGGAGCUGCCCUGGAUGCCCAUCCAGCCCCACGUCCUCGGCUACGCCGUGAAGUAA